AAGUAAAAUCUGUCAGUUCAGGAGCUGGUCCUAUUCUUAUGUCACACCUAUAUUGUAAUGGAGAUGAGUCAUCACUUCUUGAUUGCUCUCAUCAGUCUUGUUAUAUAUCAUCAUGCAACUAUAAUGAUGCCGGAGUGACUUGUGAAAAGCCCUGCAUUGAUGAAAGCAUUAGACUUCAUUCAGGAACUCUUGGCUUACCUCAGCAAAUAGAAGUGUGCAUUAACAAUACAUGGUUCACAAUAUGUAAUUAUCACUGGACAAAUACAGAAGCUAGUGUAGUUUGCUCAGAAUUGGGUUAUUCGCCUUAUGGUGCUUGGGCAAGUAAUAGUCAAUAUUCUCAAAGUUUUUGGCCAAUUGGAUUUUAUGCAGUUUACUGUAAUGGGAGUGAAGAUAGUAUUUUUAAUUGUUCAUAUUCUGUAACCAGUGUAGCUGGAUAUAGUUGUUCACAAUCACAGCAGGCUUCAGUUAAAUGUCAAUCAAUAACAACUGAGUAUGUGAACUGCACUAAUGGGGAUUUGAGAUUAGUUGGAGGACAGACAAUGAAUCAAGGAAGUGUCCAAAUUUGUUACAACAAUGCCUGGACUUAUUUGUGCAGUGGAUGGUAUUGGGGUACUACUGAAGCUAAUGUAGUAUGUGGAGAGCUUGGAUUUCAUUCUUAUGGCUCAGUGGCAUUUGCAUACAAUCAGUUCAAUGCUCCUGAAGAUUAUUCAUUUGUUUAUGGAUACUUUGAUUGUUCUGGCUCUGAAACAAGACUAUUGGAUUGCUACAUGAGAUCAAACUACUUAAGAUAUUGCUACUCUAAUUAUAUAGCUGGUGUCACAUGUCGUGACAUUGAUGAGUGCCAACAAGGUAUAUCAGGAUGUUCUCAAGUGUGUACUAACACUAUUGGCAGUUACUUGUGUAGUUGUAAUGCUGGAUACAAGCUGAGCAAUGAUAGUCACAUGUGUAUAGAUAUCAACGAGUGUCUUCAAGGACUCUGCGAUCAAAACUGUACAAAUACUAAUGGUAGUUAUACUUGCAAUUGCACAGCUGGUUUCACACUAAAUAGUGAUGGUCACUUGUGUGAUGAUAUUAAUGAAUGUCUUACUGACAAUGGUGGUUGUGGUGACUCUACUUGUGUCAAUACUAAUGGUAGCUACUCUUGUUCUUGUCAGCCUGGUUAUACGUUAGAUGCUGAUGAACACAAUUGUACAGAUAUCAAUGAGUGUCUUAUUGAUAAUGGUGGGUGUAGUUAUACAUGUACAAACACACUUGGAAGCUACACAUGUGAUUGUAGUACUGGUUACUCAUUUGAUCCUAUUGAACUGAAUUGCACUGAUAUUGAUGAGUGCUCUAUUGCUAAUGGUGGCUGUGAGAAUGAAUGUACAAAUACAGAUGGAAGCUUUUACUGUUCAUGUUUUUUCGGUUUCCAGUUAAACAACAAUGUUUUCUGUUCAGAUAUCAAUGAGUGUUCCCAAAACAUUUCAAACUGUUCUCAAGUGUGCAUUAAUACUGUUGGAAGUUUUCAGUGUAGUUGUUAUACUGGAUAUGUAUUGUCAUCUGAUGGUUAUAACUGUGAUAUGGGCACUGAUAGUGGUUGCUUAGGGGCAGAUACUUGUAAUCAGCAGUGUACCAACUCUCCUGGAUCACCUGAUGGUUUUAUUUGUUUAUGUUAUUCUGGAUUUGUACUCAGCAGUGACAACCAUACUUGCCUGGAUAUUAAUGAGUGUGGUAAUUCAAAUGGGAGUUGUGAUCAAACCUGUCUAAACACACAAGGAUCCUAUUAUUGUUCUUGUUUAGAUGGGUAUAGUUUGGACACUGAUGGAUUUAAUUGUUCAGAUGUUGAUGAAUGCAGUAUCAAUAAUGGAGGUUGUGAGCAACUAUGUAACAAUACUAUUGGGAAUUAUACUUGCUCCUGCAAUGAUGGAUUCAAUCUUGUAGCUGGAAAAUUUUGUUCUGAUAUCAAUGAGUGUAACAUGAAUAAUGGUGGUUGCCCACAUACCUGUCACAAUACUGCUGGAAGCUUUUACUGCUCAUGUACACCUGAAGACAAUUGCACAAAUAUUGAUGUGAAUGAAUGCCUAGUUAACAAUGGAGGCUGUGAGCAGUUUUGUCACAAUACAAUUGGUAGUUAUUACUGUACAUGCAAUAACAGCUAUACACUCGAUGCUAACAAGCAUGGCUGUAAUGAUAUUAAUGAAUGUGUUACUGGCGAUAAUGUCUGUAAUCAGAACUGUAUUAACACCGAUGGAUCUUAUUUAUGUUUUUGUAUGACUGGUUAUCAUCUGAUGGAAAAUCAAAAAAUAUGCACAGAUACAAAUGAAUGUCUGCUGAAUAAUGGUGGUUGUUCUCAGUUGUGUGUUAAUAGUCUUGGUAGCUAUCAGUGUAACUGUGGGAAUGGAUAUCAACUGAAUAAUAACCUGAUUGAUUGUGAUGAUAUCAAUGAGUGCACUAAUGGUACAGAUUUAUGUGAACACAAUUGCUAUAACACUAAUGGUAGUUAUGUCUGUGACUGUGAGCCAGGUUAUCAGCUAUCAAAUGGACUUACAUGUUCUGAUAUCAAUGAAUGUGUUGCUAAUAAUGGAGGCUGUGCUCAAGUGUGUGUUAAUCAAGUUGGAUCAUAUUAUUGUCAAUGUAACAAUGGAUAUACUCUUGAUGAUGAUGCUCAUGGAUGCUCUGAUUUUAAUGAAUGUGUUGAUAAUGUCGAUGCUUGUGAGCAAUUGUGUCACAAUUCUAAUAGUUCUUACACCUGUUCAUGUAAAUCAGGAUAUAGAUUAGCAGAUAAUAAUAGAACUUGUGAUGAUAUCAAUGAAUGUUCUGAAGGAUUGUCCAACUGUAACCAGUUGUGUCUUAAUACACCUGGAAAUUAUACCUGUACUUGUUAUACUGGGUUUAUUUUGAGCAAUGAUGGUCACAUGUGUCAAGAUAUCAAUGAGUGUAAUACAUUGAAUGGAGGCUGCUCUGAUUUAUGUAACAACACAAUUGGUAGCUUUUAUUGUUCUUGUGACACUGGUUACUCUUUGACCACUGAUAAAUAUAACUGCACUGAUGUCAAUGAAUGUUUAAUAUCCAAUGGUGGGUGUGCAUACUCUUGUAUUAAUACAGCUGGUAGCUAUUACUGUACUUGUGAAUCUGGUUACUCCUUGAAUACUGAUGGACACACUUGUGAAGAUAUUGAUGAGUGUACAAUUAAUAAUGGAAACUGUGAACAGCUGUGUAUCAAUAGCAAUGGGAGUUAUUGGUGCUCUUGUCUCAGUGGAUACACAUUGGACACUAACAGUAUGAACUGCACUGAUGAUAAUGAAUGUGAUGACAGCAAUGGAGGAUGUGAACAAAUAUGUACUAAUAACGAAUCAUCCUAUCAGUGUUCAUGCAGUGAAGGGUUCAGACUAUACAAUAAUUAUUAUUGCUCAGAUAUUGAUGAAUGCACUGAAGGAACCAGUAACUGCAGUCACCUGUGCUUCAACACAGUUGGUAGCUAUGCUUGUCAGUGUCUGUUUGGAUAUCAACUUAAUGCUGAUAACCACGCUUGUAUUGAUGUUAAUGAAUGUGUAACAAAUAAUGGAGGAUGUGAUCAAUUUUGUACUAAUACAAUGGGGAGUUAUGAAUGUAGUUGUUAUCCUAGAUAUGUUUUGAGUUCUAAUGGUCACUCUUGCCUAGAUACAGGUGAUUGCUUGGGAAGACUCAUUUGCAAUCAAGUCUGCUUUAAUACUAUUGAAAGCUUUGCCUGUGCUUGUUACACAGGAUACAUGCUUAGCAGUGAUGAUCAUACAUGCAUAGAUAUUAAUGAGUGUGAUGAUUCAAAUGGAGGCUGUGAACAAACUUGCCAGAACACAGAAGGAUCUUAUAACUGUUCAUGCUUCAAUGGAUACAGUUUAAAUGCUGAUAAAUUCAAUUGUUCAGAUGUUGAUGAGUGCAGUUUUAAUAAUGGUGAUUGUGAGCAUGUGUGUACAAAUGCUGUUGGAAGUCACAUAUGUUCCUGCCACUCUGGCUAUGUCCUUUCUGGAGGAAAAUUUUGCUCAGAUGUUAACGAGUGUGCAACAAAUAAUGGAGGAUGUGGUCACAUUUGUACUAAUACUAUUGGUAAUUAUACUUGUUCUUGUGAUCUUGGAUAUCAACUAGAGGCUGAUGGACACAAUUGCAUAGAUGUUAAUGAAUGCAGUAUCAAUAAUGGAGGUUGUGAACAACUAUGUAACAAUACUAUCGGGAAUUAUACUUGCUCCUGCAACGAUGGGUUCAAUCUUGUAGCUGGAAAAUUUUGUUCUGAUGUCAAUGAAUGUUCUGAGGGAUUGUCAAAUUGUAACCAGUCAUGCUUUAAUACACUUGGUAGCUAUACCUGUACUUGUUAUGCUGGAUUUAUUUUGAGCAAUGAUGGUCACAUGUGUCAAGAUAUCAAUGAGUGUAAUACAUUGAAUGGAGGCUGCUCUGAUUUAUGUAACAAUACAAUUGGUAGCUUUUAUUGUUCUUGUGACACUGGUCACUCUUUGACCACUGAUAAAUAUAACUGCACUGAUGUCAAUGAAUGUUUAAUAUCCAAUGGUGGGUGUGCAUACUCUUGUAUUAAUACAGCUGGUAGCUAUUACUGUACUUGUGAAUCUGGUUACUCCUUGAAUACUGAUGGACACACUUGUGAAGAUAUUGAUGAGUGUGCAAUUAAUAAUGGAAGCUGUGAACAGCUGUGCAUCAAUAGCAAUGGGAGUUAUUGGUGCUCUUGUCUCAGUGGAUACACAUUGGACACUAACAAUAUGAACUGCACUGAUAUCAAUGAGUGCGAGCCUUUUAAUGGAGGUUGUAAACACUUUUGCACUAAUACCAAUGGCAGUUACACUUGUUCUUGUAAUUCUGGAUAUCGGCUAGAAAUUGAUUUGCAUACUUGUACAGAUAUCAAUGAAUGUGAUGAUGAGAGCAAUGGAUGUAAUCACACUUGUAUCAAUACACAAGGAAGUUAUGAGUGUCAUUGCAUGGAUGGAUUCAAUAUAAGAAAUAACCAAUGCCAAGAUAUUGAUGAAUGCAAUAAUACAAACGGUGGUUGUCAGCAGUUGUGUACAAAUACAUUUGGAAGCUAUUACUGUUCCUGUAAUACUGGCUUUAAUCUAAGAGACAACUAUUUCUGUGCAGAUAUAGAUGAGUGUUCUACUGGUACCAAUAAUUGUAGUCGCAAAUGUGUCAAUGAAAUUGGUUCAUUUCACUGUGAGUGUUUAUCUGAUGAGGUAUUGUCUGAUGAUAGAGUUAGUUGUAAAGUAGCUGGUGGUACUUCAAAUGCCAAUACUUCAAACCAACUUGAAAACUCUUUGUACUACACUGUACCAUUGCUUAUUAUAUCACUUUUAGUUAUCUUUGUACUAAUAAUAAUAUUAGUGAUUGUGGUUCUUAAUAAAAGAAAGAAGAAAUUAGAAUAUAACUUGUACAGUGAUGCUCCAUCCUUCAAUAACAGAAUGUAUGGAGCAGAAGUGUAUACAAAAAGUAAAGAGGACAAUGAAAAAAUUUAUGAGGAAAUGAAAUAAACAUUAUGAAAAACAUUUUUACAUUGUUUUUUGCUAAUUUUAUUUGCUGCUAUCAUACACACAUGCAUUUACUGUUACAGAGCUAUUUUUGUAAUUUUUGACCUCAUUUGCUUUUAUUGUUUUACUUUUAUCGAUGUGUUCUAAGAGCCCUCAGCUGAGUACACA